AACUGCUACAUUAAAAUGGGACAUUAAUAAUACUUCCAUUUGAAAGAAUGCUGCAGCCUUAAAAACAUUUAGUCUGGGAUUUGAAUAAAGUGUAUUAGUGGAAUUACAGAAUAUAAACUGUCACACAGGGUGGGAUAAGAUGAUUUUUACAACCUUAAAGCUGCUUAGGAGGGAAAAAAAAUAUGGAGAACUGUAUAUUAAGGGGUUAAUUUGUUUAUUUAUUUUUUCUUAAACACAGCAGCAGAUCCAGCAAAACACUUCCCCUACUCUGCUGGAGGGAAAAGUGAAGAGUUAUUAAGACGAUCCUUGAGCCUGAUUGUUAAAUUUCCAACUGCACUUGAAGGCAGCAGUCAUGUGUGUACACCAUGAGGAUUAUGGGUACAGCAUGGGGUGAGUUGCAUAAGGUUACCAAAGACAGUUGUUUUGAUAAUGGAGGCUGUUUCGGCGUCGGUCCUCCGUUCAAUCGCAGCCGGUAACGCUGCAUGCUCCCCGCUAUGAUGCAGCGGAUCACCAGCCUCGCUGCAGGCCGGGAGCUCGGCGGGCUCGUUGCCUGCACACCCGGGGUCUACGCCUGGAAGAGAGGCCCGACCUGCAGCAGGCAACCGGCCGCCGUGCACCGGUUGAGGACGGGGGUGUGUAUACGUCCUGAGCGUCCCUUCAGCGGGGAGCUUGGAGCACAGGGCCGGAGGUUGUGCAGGCGGGAUGUCGAGUUCGCCGGUCAGAAACACAGACUAUUCAGCUCACAGCCCGGAGCCGACGGCCCGCCGCCGGAGAGCCCCGGCGGUCAGCCUGCUAUCUCUGUGGUCGGCUCACCGGAUCCUAUCACAUGGAUCCGGUGCAAAGCCAUCAUGUGGGUCGUUCUGCUGUGGUUUGAGGUAGACAUCAUCUCUUCGGAGUUUGACAGAGGAGUAAAGCAGGCUUUUGUCCAUGUCUCUAACAUGAUGUCCAGUGGCAGAUACUGGGAGCUGAGGGGGAUAGUGUCCAAGGAGAUGGUGAAUUAUAUUGAGAAGAAGUGUCGUCCUCUCACCAAAGACCAGAGGCAACAGCUAGCAGUGUCAGUGGAUGAUAUUAUAUUUGUGCUGCCGGAAGACAUCUCUCUUGUUUUUGAUCAAUACGGUAGAACGUUCUGCAGUGUUGUCAUGAGGUUUUGGCUCCUGACGACACACGAAGGCCCCGAUGACCCCGAGGCAACAAAAAUCUUCAAAGUGGCCCCCAGUGAAGAUGGCAGCCCACAGAAGAAAAUAGUGACAGCGGUCUAUGAAUUCCACCGAGAGCUGACGACCGGAGCCUCUCCCGAUUGGACAGUCACCACCGUCUGGCACUGGCACUGGAAACUGUUUGAGUGAUUUGACUCAACGCUGCAAGGUCAUCAGGACACGUCAACGGACUAGUGAUUGAUUGAUUGAUAGUGACUGAAUGAAGGACAGCCUUCAACUGGACAACAGACAAAGCAAGCAGCAGAUUAAAGAACUGUCCAUCUGGAUCACAUGAAACUGAACCACAGCAGGGACACUUUGCAGAUGACCUCAGAACUUUAUAUAUAUAUACAUGACCCUACUUGAACAUCCUCCUUUGACCCUCGUAUGCCUUUGAAACACUCUUCCAGUGAUUUUACACAGUUCCCAGAAAGUCACUUACUGUAGCGCCCCUCUGAUCUGAUCCACCUGCAGAACACUAUCAGCUUAAACAUAUGAACAGAUGUCAUUGGAGGAACAUUCAAAAAAUAUUAAUGUAUAUAAUUAAUAUUGUUAAAAUAUGCUACAAGUCUGGGUUGAGUGUUUUGACAAAAAAAAAAAAAUCUUAUCUCAUUCCACUCACUAGCUUUUUUUGGGCUUUCAGCUGCGUCUCAUGGUCUUCCUCAGUGGAUGGACUUUCAUCAGUUGUUAUUACAUAACAUAAAGUAUUUGAUCACAUGACAACAGGCGUUCAUAUAUGGGACCAAACCUCCACAUCUACUGUAGGUCACAUGACGACAACUGAGCCAUCUCUAUGACAACUGAACACCUCCAUCAUGGCUGAAAGUCACAGCAAAGCUACUAAGUGGACCUAGAGUUAAGUUUUUUUGUUUUUUUUGGCAAAUCACAAUUUCCAAAGUGACGAUGAACUCUUGAUACCUGUUAAACCGAUACCUCAUAUGAAUAAACUGCUUGAU